AUGAGGUUAAGCGGAGCCGUCAAAACGGAGCCACAUGGGGCCUCCGAAGUCUCCGUUGAUGCCUUGGCACGCUCGAUUACGCCCUUUACCUAUGCUCCGGAAAACAAUAUGACCUUCGAUGUGUGGUAUGGCAGAUACAAAUCCACAUUUCUCGAGGAUGGUCGCAAUCUCGAUGAUCCAGGGCGAGUGAGACUCCUCCUGCGUAGAUUGGACAACGCAGCUUACGCGAGAUAUUCCAAUCUUCUGCGCCCCGUCGACCCAGCCACGAUUCCCUUCGAUGACACCGUCCAGAGACUCACAAAGCUCUUUGGCAAAGGGGAAUCUCUCUUCAGCACACGUCGCAAAUGUCUACAAUUCGUGAUGAAGGAAUCUGUCGACUGGGCCACGCAUGGAGGGCUUGUGAACAGCAUCUGCGAGGAUUUUAGAUUGGCUGAGUGCACAGCGGAUCAGUUCAAGGCAUUGAUUUUCUGUAUUAGCAUACAAAGUGACAAACAUAUCUUUGUACGCGAGCAGCUGUUGACACGCCUUGAAACUGAGCCCGCCGAAAGGAUCAACGUGGAGUUUUUGAUCGACGAAGCUCAGCGACUCUCGAAUAUGAAGAAGGAUGCCCGCCUGGAUAUCACCCCUGCGAAUGUCAGUGCUGUCCAGAAGACCCGUAAGUCCACCAAUUCACAAUCUGAUCGCCCCUCACGUCCAUGCUAUCUGUGUGGCGACAUGCAUUGGGUGCGUGACUGUACCCACACCAAUACGAAAUGCAAAGAUUGUGGGAAAAUCGGCCACAAAUCGGGCUACUGCCCGCCUCAACGUACUCAGGACAACGGAGGAAGCACUGGAAAGGGCAAAAAGAAGUUUUUCAAGAAGAAGAAGCCAUCAGCAAACACCAACGUUGUUUAUGCUCCUCACCCGAGGGUUCCAAUUGGAUUGCGCCGCGGAUGUUUCGUUGGUAUCAAGGAGUACUUGGGAGGAGCUCGGAAAGCCUCUUCUCCGAGAGUCAUCCAUGAACGUUACGGAUGCUCAGUCCAAUCGGAUGCCAAUACUCGGCGAAUUUGA